UCCUUAUGUACUAAAUAAUGUUGUUUUAAUGAUGAUGGCCUUGAGAAUUGCUUAUUACAUCUAUGACACUCGAAAAUUUGAUUAUAUGAUUCGCCAUAUGCUGGCGAUUGUUGUGACUUUUGUUGAACUUGUUCCUUCUUUAUUUCAUUCUGAUGAAUUUUUCGCUUAUGAAAACCUAGAGAGCUUGAUUGUGUGUACGAUUUUCCACAUAAAUUGCAUUUAAAAUGCUUUCGAUUAUCCAAACUAUGACGUUUUGUGUGAUUGCUCAAUUCAUCGGACGACGAUAGGAUCUCAUCACAUGUUUCACACUUGAAUUGAUUAAUAUCACUUGAUUCCCGUUUUGUUGUCAUGUAGUUGUUUGAUGAUGGAUUACUAUGGAUUUGUUGAUUCUGUGGUGGUGAUUUACAUGUUCCUGAAAAUUAGCAUGAUAAAUUGAAUUUAAAAUGUUAACAGUAAUUUGAGAUUCAAAUUAUUGUUCGGAACAAAGUAUCUCGCCCCUUUAAUUUGAAAUGAAUUUCCAGUUUGAUCUUGAAUUUAAUAGAGCGAACAUCGCACAAAGUAAUUUAAAUAUAAUUCAAGACUGUUACUGGAAUACUAAAACGCAGGAAUUAAAAAUGAAGUUGAGAAGUCACAAAAUAAUCAAAACAAAGCAAGAAACUCUAGAACAAAGCUUUGAAAAGAUCAAAAUCAAAAGUGAGACUGAAAAUGAAGGAAUCACUGACGUUUCAUGCGAAAUAAUUGAGCCCAAACCUGCAGAAGAUCUCAAAAAUCCAAGAAAGAAAGAACCAGAUGACGAUGAAACAUUUGGAAUGAUAGCAAUCAGAGACAUCCACAACUUGAAAGGUAGCAUUGAAGCUGAAGAUCUAGCUCAAUUUAUUGGAGAACAAGACAAAACUACAAUUAUUAUAGACGACGAAAUCAGCGACAAUGAGGAUUGCGAAAUUGUAAGGUUCCCAUGUAAUAUAUGUCGACGAUCAUUCUUGACAGAAAAGGAUUUAGAUUUGCACAGAAGAAGGCAUAGCUGGCCAUUCGUAUGUAAAACAUGCAGGAAGAGAUUUGAAAGAGCAAAAUUUUUAAGGACCCAUCAGCAAAUCAAACAUGAACUUCCAAAAAUUCAUGCAUGCCCAACUUGUGGCAAGAAAUUCACAACAACAUCUGCAAUGAACGAUCAUAAAAAAUCGCAUGAUAAGAAUCAAACAAAGGCAUUCAAUUGUGAAGUCUGUAAAUUUGCAUGUAAUGCAAAGAAGAGUUUCAAAAAGCAUAAGAAAAGACAUCAAAAAGUCAAGUUAGAGCCAAAGACUGAACUUGUGGACGUAAAGAUAGAGCCAAAGACUGAACUUAUUGAUGUGAAGACGGAACCUAAGGUUUUCUUAUUUGGAGGAUUUAAGAUUGGAAUGGAUUCAUAAUUUUGAAAAUCUAAAAAGAAUUUAUUUCUAAAGGAAGCUAUCCUAUUUAUUAUUUUUAAAAGAUUUAUUUUUAUGCUGUUUAUGGCACUUUCUUGGAAUCAUUUUAAACGUUGAUAGUUUUGAAUCGUUAAAAUUUGAUUUGAAUUUUUGAAAACUUAUAAAACUUGAUUUAAAUUUUUGAAAAACGUUAAAAUUUGAAUUUUUUGAAAGUUGUUAAAAUUUUAAAUAAUGAAUGAAAAACAUACCAAUUGCUUGAUUGUUAUUACUGCUACUAUGUGGUAUUGCCGGUAUAUAGUUCGAAAGUAUUGGUGUGGCUAUUUGAGGAAAUUGUUGAUAAUAUGAAUACGGUAUUUGAUGAUAAAAAUUAUCCAUUUCACUAUUAUUGGUCUUUUGUGCAAAAUUAUUAUUAAUUUCACUCUUUGACUGCUUACUACUUCCACCCUCUAAAUACAAUUCAACGUCUUCACGAUGCUUAUCCAAGAGAUGCUCACGAAAAUGCUUAUCAUCAACGACAAUUUUCUUACAUAUUGUACAUUUAUGAAUUUGUUUCAUUUCAUGCUUACUAAUAUGUUUUAAAUAGCUCAAUAUUCUCGUAAAUGUUCCUUUGCAGAAUAAGCACUCAAAGAGAAAUUUAUUCUUUAAUGAAAAGUCUGAUGUGUUCUUUGUGUAUGCACGAUAAUCUUCUGUUUUCUGUUGCUCUGUCUGACGGGCUAAUGAUGAUGAGAUAUGGCUCAUAAUUUUUAAUUCUUUUCCUUAUUAUUUGACAACUUAUGCAUGAAUUAUGAUUACUUCUUCCCCAUCCAUCCAUCCACAGCAAAUAAUAAUAAUAAGGUAUAAUCAAGAAAUACUUUUUACAUUUGAAUCAUUCUUGAUAUCAUGUAAUUUCAAUGUUAUCUUUUUACCUAACAUCCAUAAAUUCACUUAAGAUAUGUUAAAAUAGCAAUUUUCACAAUUUUGUCAUUUUUCUUUAAUAUUUCAGAUCAAUCUUGAUCAUUAACACACUUAUCGUACUUAAUGUCAAUGGAUGAAAUGUUACACUUUUAAUAUUGUACUAUAAGCAACGCAAUUUCUUUAAUUUUCAAUCCUUUUGAUUUUCACUGAGAACUCUUAUAAGACUAAAAUUGAAAAACAUAGGUGGGAAGUCACUCAUAUGAAUUGGUUUUUAUAAUGUUUAACAAAGGAUGUUGUCGUCCUUGUUAAAUCAUUGAUUUCAUUAGAGUUUAAGCUGGUUUAAUAAAGAAUUGUCCAUAAUAUUCACAAUUUUUAUCUGAAUUUUCAAUAAUUU